AUGGCUAAAACGCUGAUCAAAUCUGCUCAGGAGCAAGCUCCAGCCCAAGCUGUGAAUUUUUACAAACCAUCACUUGUCUCUGUGAAGUCUGGAGAACGUGUUACUCUUAACUGCACAUUUCUGGACAGCAGCAGAUCAGAUCAUAUUGUUUGGUACAGACAAAGAUCUGGGGAGAUUCCUCAGAAACUCUGGAAAAGGCUUUCACACCUGGAUGCAAAAAUUUCACCUCAGUUCAACAGCUCAGGAGUGAAAGUGGAGAGAAUUAAUAAUGGGAUUUCUAUGACGAUAACACAUGCAAAAAAAGAUGACGAAGGACUUUACUUCUGUGGACUGUCUAACUGGGAGAAUGUACAUUUUUUCAAUGGAACAUUCUUGGCUGUAACAGAUGAUGGAGAUGUAAAAAUGUCAGUGUUCCAGAGCGGCGUGUCGGACUCAGUUCCUGCAGGAGCGUCAGUGACUCUGCAGUGCUCGGUUCUCUCUGAGAGCAGAUCAGCAGAACUCCAAGUGCUCUGGUUCAGAGCUGCUCCACCACAUUCCCAUCCUCAAAUCAUUUACACUCAUCACAACAGCAGCCAUCAGUGUGAGAGCGGCUCUUCUACACACACCUGUGUGUACAACUUCUCCAAGAACAUCCUCAGCCUCAGUGAUACUGGAACUUACUACUGUGCUGUCGCCGUGUGUGGGAAGAUCAUUUUUGGGAACGGGACACGAGUACAGUUGGAGUCAGUAGAUCCAGUACUGAUCUGCCUUGCAGUAGCUUUGGGAGUGUGUGUGGUUGUGAUCUUUGUUCAAGUCGUGUUCAACUACAAAAGGAGAAACUCUAAACUAUGCAGUGUAAGACUUCAAGAUUUUGUCAUAGAAAAUAUUCCCAAUAAGAGUGAUGAUGCAGCGGAUCUCAAUUACGCUGCCUUACAUUUCAAUCAGAGAAAAACAAAAAGGCCGAGAAAGAAGAAAGCUCAACCUCAAGAUUGUGUGUAUUCUGAAGUGAUAAAGUCAUCAGCUACAUAGAUCAUAUAUUUAAGAUCUCAGCUCAUAUCUUCUCAGAUGUUUUCUGUUUGAUACUUUUCUCAGAGGUAAAGUGUAUCAUGGAUGAGUGUGGUCAAUAUUUUCAUGUUGAUUUAGCAGGAAAUGUUCAAAGCAAAUUACUGAAAGUUGCCCGAUUACUUUCUGGGAAAUGCUGCUUCUCUCAGAGAGUGAUGUGAUGUUAGAGAUUAAGUGUAAGUAAUGAAGUGUUGGCUAUGGGUGAUGAGUAAAAAAAAAAUGUAUUAACAAUAAGCAUACAAUAAAAUGAACAUCCUGCAAGUUAAAACUUUCAUCUUUUGCACAACCAUGCUGGUUUCACGGCUAUCUC